AUGGCCGACGUUCCCAGAAUUCCCAACCGCCACUGCUUCGUGGUGGGUAUAGAUGUUGGCACCCAAUGGACAAGGGUCUGUUAUGGCUGGUCCGCCAAUGUCGACUACAGCGAGAUCACCACCAUGCGUACAUGGCCGACCACGGGUACGGAAACCAAGACCGCCGAGGCUGUUCCAACAGAGAUGGCAUACUCACAGGAUCAACGCGGCAAGAUCUCUCAUCUCUGGGGAUAUCUCAUUCCACCCGGCAUGCCGCGUUACUCAUGCAUGAAACUGCUCCUUGACCAAACGGCGGACGACCCCGAUCUGCGUGCGGCGAUGGCAACAGUGAGAAAGCAAUUACCCCCGGGUAGGUCUGCGUGGCAGAUCAUGGUCGAUUUUCUGAGGCAGAUAUACGCGCACAUAUUGGUGGUUUUGAACCGGGACAGUCCUGAUCGGCCAUACUACCGGUUUCGCAUCAAGUUCUGGAUGGCGAUCCCUGCUGAAUGGUCCGAUCAAGCCCAGUGUCGCAUGUGGGGUGCUGCGAAGCAAGCUGGGUUCGGCUCUCGGACAGAUGAUGAACUGAUGAUCGUGCCUGAGUCCGAGGCUGCGGUGUUUGGAGCUGUGUCAGACCCGGAUGCCCAAUUCUAUGGAGCUCCAGUGCAGCUGAAUGAGAACAUGCUCGUGUGUGAUUGUGGUGGAGGAACGGUGGAUAUUUCGGCCUAUAGAAUCACGAACGAUGACCCUUGGGAGCUGAGUGAGAGGUCUAUCGGAUCAAGGGCCCGAUACGGAACAGUCAACAUUGACCGCCGGCUGCACCAGCUACUAUUCAAACGGUUUGGACAGGCAUACGUCUCAUUGCUGAGGGAUCGACGGUCAAGCAGCCGCAUGAUGCGGAGCUUUGAAUGGAACAAGCGGCGCUAUAGAUCUCGACUGAAGGUGAAGCCGUUACCUGCAAUUCUCAGGGCUCCGGCUUCCCCGUGGUAUGACCCAGUAAAGGGUGAGGUCAUUCUCAGCGCCAAGGAAAUGGAACAGCUGCUUCUGCCAGUAGUGGUCCGAAUCGUGGGCAUCAUCUCGGAUCAGGCAGCGCGCAGCAAGGAAACCGGUGAGCCAGUGGAUUACGUCCUUCUAGUCGGUGGCUGGGGUGCAUCACCCUAUGUGAGGGACCAAGUCCGGCAAGCGUGUGCUAACCUGCAGAUUCGCAUUGGAAGUCCAGCGGACAGUGCACAUGUCAUGGCAAGGGGGGCAGUAGUUCGCGGCUUUGGACAGGCCACUGGGAUGAGAGAAAGAUGCCCCCAACACUACGGGCUGAUGAUGUCUCGGCCCUAUCGCGCAACCACCGACAGCAAUCGUGCCGACUUGUACCCCUCGCCCUUUUUGCAGCAGCAAAUGAACACCGAGAUCGUCCCGGAUAGUGUGAUUCCGAUUCCCUUUCAUUGUUUGCUACAGUCACAUGAGCGCACCGUUACCAUUCGUCUGCGAUCCUGCAGCCAGGAAGAUGCACCCAAGUAUUAUGAUCCUGCAGUGGUCCAAACAGUCUGCGACGUCGUGGCCAAUCUCCAGGAUGUGGACUUUUCUCGACUGCCACGGCGGACUGUCAAAGAACGGAUAGUAUAUAAGGUGGAAUUGAUGUUAGAGAUACUCUUGGGCCAGAAGCAUCGGGCGCUCACGUUUAGGGUUCGGCUGGGGAACCAGCUGGUUGGCCUUGCCAGCGUGCAGUUUCAGACAUAG